UUUCUCUGUAGUGCGCCAAAUUCUGUCAAAAGUUGAACAGCAUGCACGGGCUUGCGAUCACAUGGCAUCCCUUGCUGUGACGUCACUCGCGUUCAUGUUGCCGCCAAAGAAGCCUUCCCCCGCGGUAGAGGUAAAAAAAAGUAGUGAGGGACAACACGGGAAGAGGAGCAGCGAGAAAAUCGCUCAAUACGGCAACGCUGGCAACGUGGAAGAGAAAUCCUGCAUUCUGGCCAGCGCACAAAAGAGAUAAGAACGAGUGAGCGCGGUGAGCGCGAAAGAGAGACGUAAGCAGACACAAGACGGCCAUUGGUUGAACGAAGAGGUAGCGAUCGAACGUGCGGGUAAGAGAGGGAGAUGCGCGGUUUGGUUUGGGCAGUCCGUGGUCAACAAAUGGUCGACAUGUUCCAUCAACGAUGCGGACGAAGUGUGACUUUGACGAACAACAAUUGCACCGCCGUUAGAGACUUCUCGGAAUACAAUUAUGGACUGGUACUCAGCGCGGAGCCGCUCAAAGAUGAUCAGCUCUUCGAAGUCCGCAUCGAUAAAAAGAUGAUAUCAUGGAGUGGCAGUAUAGAGAUCGGUGUAACAGAAUGCGAUCCAGAAUUAAUAGACUUAUUAGCAUGUGCCACCAAUCUGUGGCAAGGAACAUGGAUUAUGGCCAAUUGCGGUAUAAUCCACAAUGGGAUAAGGACGGUAGAAAUGUAUGGAAUGGAUUUGAAUACGUUACAAGAAGGAAGCACUUUAGGAAUAAUGAGGACGUCAAACGCUGAACUGAUAUUUUACAUCAACGGUGUGUCUCAAGGUGUAGCCAUAUCUAACAUCCCAGAACGAAUUUUCGCGGUGGUAGAUAUGUACGGCGAUUGCGUGCAAGUGACUAUAACUCACCCGCAAGUCGUUCCUGCUAUAAGCAACGAACCGAAAGACGACGUCGAGAUCAAUAACGAUUGUGCUCUCGGCGAGGCAUCGAACUCCUCUACAACCAAUUUAGUCGCCAAUUUGAACGUUAAUCUGAAUGUGAAUGUGAACGUGAACUUACCGAAGAAUCCGAGCGCGGCUGCCAUUAGAGAAGAUAGACUGAGGUUUCACGAGAGGGUUGGCUCGUUAGUAAAAUUGUCGAAUAACGCAAGGACAGCUGAGAGGCGGAGAGCUUUAGACGAAUUUAAUAACGGCGUCGUGAUGACUCACAGGCCGUUAAGGGAUAACGAAUUGUUCGAGAAUUNGGGUAUCUGCCGCGAAUAUGGAGAAUUUAAUCUCGACGAAUUAAGAGAAGGUGACAGAGUAGGCAUGAUAAGGCGAAGCAACGGAAAUCUACAUUAUUUGAUAAACGGUUUGGAUCAAGGCAUCGCCGCGAAAGUACCUGGAGGCGUUUGGGGUGUGAUAGAUUUGUACGGUAUGACGGUGAAGGUAACAAUCGUCGAUCGCGACGAGAGGGAAGAACAAAAUUUAGUUACCAGGAGAAACACGUUGCAUCUGCAAGGAUUAAAUGAAACGGAGGAAGAACCGCCGGACCGGCUGAUGUUUCAUUCUUCCUGCGGUACGCACGUCGAAGUGAUUAAUAACGGUCGUACUGCGCACAGGCCUAACGUGAUGGACGAUUUCAAUAACGGGGUUGUGUUAACGUCGCGGCCGUUGAAAGCAAAUGAAUUGUUCGAGGUUCGCUUAGAUAAAAUCGUGACGAAAUGGGCGGGAUCCAUCGAGAUUGGCGUCACGACUCAUUCCCCGACCGAGCUCGAGUUCCCUUUCACGAUGACCAAUGUUAGAUCCGGCACGUGGAUGAUGACGGAAAACGGCGUGAUGCACAAUGGCACGACGAUUAUAGAUCAAUAUGGACAGAAUCUGGAUCGGCUGCAAGUGGGUGACCGGGUCGGUGUUACGAGGAAGGAUAACGGGACGUUGCACUUUUUUGUGAACGGUGCGGAUCAAGGACCCGCGGCGAUGAACGUGCCUGAGAAAGUUUACGGCGUGAUCGAUCUGUACGGUCAGGCUGCCCAAGCGACUAUCGUUGACAAUACGGAUUCCUACAGUCCCACUACGAACAAUUCCAGUUUUAGUAACACGACUCUAUAUAGCGACUUGAGGUUCCAUCACAUACACAGUAAGAACGCGAAGAUAGUAAACAACGGAUUGACCGCGUUGAGGCCUAGAGCUUUAUGGGAAUUCAACGAAGCCAUCGUGAUCGCUAAUCGUCCGCUUCGAGACGGCGAGAUGUUCGAGGUCACUAUUGAUAAAAUGGUCGACAGAUGGACAGGUGCAAUCGAAGCAGGGGUAACUCUUAUAAGACCGGACGAGUUGGAGUUCCCGUCGACGAUGACGGACAUCGAUCACGACACCUGGAUGUUAUCUGGCUCGAACGUUAUGCGAGACGGUGACACGUUAAGGAGCAAUUAUGCUUGCGAUUUAGACAAACUCGUGGAGGGUAAUUGUAUCGGGAUGAAACGAUGCUCGGACGGCACCUUGCAUUAUUAUUUAGAUGGAGUGGAUCAGGGGCCCGCUUGCUCCGGUGUACCGCCGCAUAUCUACCCUGUGAUUGAACUGUAUGGGCAGUGCGUGCAGGUUACAAUCGUGCAACCGGAACGCAGAGACCCUGUGCAACAGUAUUUACCGUCGGAGAACAGUACUAGUCAACAACCUACGUCUGUGAUUCAGUUGCAAGCCCAAGCGGAAGUAAUGCACAAAUUUCACGAGUCCGUUGGUUUGAACGUUCAGUUGAACGGCGACAGAACUGUAGCUAGCAGGUGUACAGAAUAUAGUAACGCUGUGUUACUCAGCGAAACGCCGUUAGAAAAUAACGAGCUCUUCGAAAUCGGUAUCAAGGAGAUUGCCCGGGAGUGGAGCGGUUGCUUAAGAAUAGGCGUUGUUAAAAAUGAGACUGGCAAUUGGCUAACGUCUAUGAACCUUGUAUCCAGCAUGGGGUCUUCGGUGCUUUCCACAGACGCGUGGUACUUAAUAGAUAUUGCCAAAUUCGAAGGCGAUGCCGGGAUGGAGACGUCUGUGGAUGUAUCCGAAGGGAAAUUGGCGAACGACGCGAUACUCACGCCGACGCAAUCCGCUGCUCAUUUUGUAGGCGACAGCGAUUGGAGUUAUGAGUUUCACGAGAAUCACGGUAGAAAUAUACAGCUUGAGAACAAAACUACCGCUCGGAGAGUCGCAAGUUAUAAUCAAG